AUGUCCAAUCCUGCUCCCUAUGGCCAGCCAUACGCGCCAACCCCAGGCAGGGGCCGAGGCAGGGGAGCUGGUAGUGCGCCUACAUCACGUCCAGGCUCCGUUGGCCCCAGCACACCGCAUCUUUACAGCCCAGACAUUCUCGCAAAGCUGAAAACCACAGUCGUCGAUGGAAAGACGAUCUAUCUGUCCGAGUUCAAAGAGGGAUAUGUGCCGACUACCCCGAGCCCCUUCACAAGAACAACCACCACGUUUCCGACAGCGGCAAGCACUUUCAAUUCCGCUUACCCCACCGCAGCGAGUCCUUUCCCCGCAACGUCAUCAAGCACCUUUCAGGCCGCUGCGAGUAACUUCCCCACCGCCGCCAGCACGUUUCCCUCAACGCCAUACAACUACCGGCCUUCUUCUUACACCAAUACUUCUUACGCGUCUGGCUCGACUCCAUAUGGCUCAUAUACUACUCCCUCCACCUACGCCAGUCCAACACCCGCGACUCCUGGUCUUAUAGGUCUCAGUGGCGCGCCAAUAGUUCCUGCCGGCGCACCACCACCGUCAGCCCGACAACCAGUUAUAGACGAAGAUGGGGAAGGCGACGAUGAACUCCUCCCAGCAAUGGCAGACGACGACUAUUCCGCGCAACUCUCAUGGCAAAGCGAGUCCAAAGACAAUCUCAAGGUCUUAAUGGACAGCUUUACGCCAGAGCAAUACGAGCGCUUCGAGGCCUACAGGCGGCACGCGCUGCCCAAACAAGCCGUGCGAAAGCUCAUCCAGCAAACUGUAGGCAUGCAGGUAUCUCCACCAGUGGCCCAGAUCGUCGCGGGUUUCGGCAAAGUGUUUGUUGGUGAGAUCGUCGAGAAAGCACGGGCAGUCCAAGAACGUCGAGGCGAGACGGGGCCGUUGACGCCGGACCAUUUACGGGAGGCAUAUAGGAUGUAUCAACAAGAGACGGGUGCCGUUGGGGCAGCGCGGCCACUGAAGAAGAAAAAGUUGUUUGUACGAUAG